UUCCCUUAUCUGGUUGCAUCUCGAGCUCCUCAUUCGCCUCUCGUUGAUUCACACGUCUGGCAGAGGUCGACAUCGUCUGAUUCGCAAGCAGUAUUGCCAAGUUGCGUUGAAGCACUCAAGACAGUCUUCAAAGAGUCGCAUAUCUCCAUAGAGCGGUUCACGUGCAAUACUAGCCGAUCACGCAGCGCGAGCAUCGGCGCCCUUUAGAACGGAGCUUCACGAAGGUGUAGACCCGUGAUCGUCACAGCGUCCCCAGCACCCUUGAUCCUGCACAGCACACGAACGGGUGAGCUGCAGCUUGCCACAUCGCAAUCAUCAUCGAGCGAAAGCAUACAGCCGGCCCAUCAUGCCAGCGUACCGACUCUUGCCUCGCAUUCAAGCAUCGACGUUGGAUGCAUUCAGAAAGGACAUCUACAGACCUCGGUUAGCGCUCUGCAUCUUGAUUCUCUUCCUCGCUUCUUCGCCAAGCUCUGGCCCAGCUAGCAAUGAUGGGGAUCUGUCGCGAGAUGCAGGGCUGAAUGCUAAGCCGCAAGCUGCAGUAGUCGCUCCACAACCAGCAAUGGCAUCGAGCAGCGUGCCGGAAAUUCACGACCGAACGAGCGCAAGUGGACCCGCAAGUCUCCUGUCAUCCAUCUACUCCUCUCUCCCACUGCGCGCCAUCCGUGGAGCCUCCAGUCGACCCCAGCCAGCGCACAGCGCAGCUACCAAUUCGGCACAGAGGUUGCAUACACAGAGCAAGCAGCAGCGCCUGAACGACGACACUGAUGUUAGGGGCAACGAUGGACCAGUUCGGUCUCUCACGAAGCAUGUACGCUCAAAGAAGCAUGCAGAGUCCAAGGAAGGUGCUAGACCGGGCGACAAGUCACUCCGGACCAAACUGGCCCACAGGAAUACCUCGACGCGCACAUCCUCUACGUCCAAGUCCAGUUCAGGACGCUCCACAUUCAGAAUACCGGUUCCCAGUCUUGAGAUUCUGCUUCACGCUCAGGUAUUGCCAGCUUUAUUGCCUCUGCACCUUAUCUGGGCACUCAGAUUAGCUGGCAUGUGUGUCGAGGAUUCGAUUGCGACUGGCUCGUCUACCUUUUCGAGACGCUCCAGAUUCUCAUCCGCGGCUUUGGCAGCGAUCGGCGUCAGUCUACUGCUCGUGGCCUCUCCAUGGUUCAGCGGGCUGCUUGAGACAUUGAGCGCACAAUGGACUGGCUGGCCAGACGCAGAGGCCGCAUCUCUGUUACCGCUGCGUAUAUUCGUCUGUUUGGAGGCUCUCGCAGCGCUUCUUUCGCUUGGUCUUCCUUUGCUCAAAGUUCCGCCGCCUCAGCUUUUGCCUUUCAACAUUCCCCGCACUAUUCAUCUUCCUUCGCCAUCGCAUUCACCCGCGUUACUAGAAUUCGUCCUACCGUUCUUGCCCCCUGGAAUCAUUGACAUCUUGGCAGGCCGCAACACGACGAGGACCGGAAGACGAGGAAGGGGUCGCCCUGCUGGAGGCCGAUAUGUUGCCCAAGCUUCUUCGCCGCGCUUUGUGCAGCAGCCGCCACCAGUUGCUCUACCAACCAUCCCUGCGGCAUCGGGUGUCAGCACUGCUGUCGCCGCCGGCGCCUUGCCAGAUCAGCCUGGUGCGUCGUCAACGCACAACCGAUCGAUGACCUCUGAAUCGUCGAGCCCUAGGGCGUCGCAGGCAACGAGCGACACGACGGCCUCUCUUGGGCCCACAGCACGCUCGAAAGCAUUGCGGCUUUCGCAUCAAAAGGUGCUUGUGUCCACGGCAUGGGUAGGAGAUACAUUCAUCUCUCUCUGGGAUCGAUUCACCGGCGCUCUGAUCUAUGCCGUCCUGGUCCUAUCCUUGCCCACGCUUUCGCCGGCCAGUCUAGCGCCUCUCUUAGCCCUUCUAGCUCUCCGAUCCGAGCUCGGUAGACUCGUGGACGCGUGGUCCGGCGCUAGAUCUGCUGCCGAGUGUUUGGAAUUUGUGCGGAGGAGGUGGGGAGCCAGGAAAUGUAUGGCAAGGGCGAAAGCAGUCGUCGCCGCCGCUCAAACCUCUGCGCGGAACGCCGAGAACGCUGCGCAGAAGGCGGAACGCGAGUCUGCGCAACACGAAGAGCAGAAGACCAACAGGGAGACUAUCAAGUCGCUUAGGGAACGAGCGACGAGGAAGAGAAAUCAAGCUGCCAAAGAAACGGCAAAGUGGGCCUGGAGCAACAAGUCGGAGGAAGAGGUGCUAGAUCAAACCUGCAGCGUCUGCUUUGAGUCUGUCCUGCCUACGUACGCAUCCUCCUGCCUCAGCCAUGGCAAGACAGAAGAGGGAGCCGAUCCUACUCUGAAUCAUUCGCAGACACGCCUCGACUCGGAAGUGGACUUGGAUGAGAUCGCUUGCGUGCUAGAUUGUGGGCAUGCGCUGCAUAGCGUCUGUCUCGUCAGACAUCUCACAGCUCAGGCCAAGUGUCCAGCUUGUCACGCCAGUCUGAGUGCCUCCCCGCCCCACUCGAGCUCAAGUGGUCGAUCAAGGGCACAGGCUCGCGUUCAGGUCCAGACACAAGUGCAGGGAUAGGAUUGAGCAUGCCGAAGAGAGGGACGAAGCACUCCGUCAUAGUACAUUCUUGACAACGUCCGCGCUCUGUGCACAUCGAUGACCAUCCCUCGUUCUAAACUUUUCGGCCCUGCAUCACUUGCCGUUGCCUCCUCGAGCCUCUUUGCAAUGCGUCAUG